GAGCCUCAGGGGGAAACUCUAGGGUCGGACGCGAUAGUCGGACGACGCUCUCCAUGGCUGAGUCGGCCUGGCAACCCUCCGCGGGCCGCAAGGCUGGGGCCCCGCGCCCCCGCCGAAACGCCGCAGGUACUAAACAGACAGGUGCUUUGAAACAGCAAGAUGCUUCUAAAAGGAAAGCAGAACUAGAAGAAACUGUGAGAAAGAAGAUUGAGUUUGAGAGAAAAGCUCUACAUAUUGUUGAACAGCUUUUAGAAGAGAAUAUUACAGAAGAAUUCUUAAGGGAGUGUGGGAAGUUUAUCACGCCUGCUCACUACAGCGAUGUCGUGGAUGAGCGUUCUAUUAUCAAGCUCUGUGGUUACCCCUUAUGUCAAAAGAAGCUAGGAAUUGUACCAAAACAGAAAUACAAAAUUUCUACCAAAACCAAUAAAGUCUAUGAUAUCACUGAAAGAAAGUGUUUUUGCAGCAAUUUCUGUUAUAGAGCAUCUAAGUUUUUUGGAGCACAAAUUCCUAAAACUCCAGUAUGGAUUCGAGAAGAAGAAAGGCAUCCUAAUUUUCUGCUGCUACAGGAAGGAAACAGUGGCCAUUCUGGCGAAGAAGUACAGUUAUGCAGUGAGGCCUUUAAAACAUCAGAUAUUGACAAUCCUGGCGAUUUUAAGAAACAGAAUGAAUCUAGUUCUUCUAGCACUCAUAGUGAUAGUAGCAGUGAUAAUGAACAAGACUUUGUUUCCUCCAUUCUACCAGGAAACAGACCAAAUGUAACGGGUGUAAGGCCACAGCUGCACAAAAAAAGCAUAAUGAAAAAGAAAGCUGGUCAAAAAUCUAACUUCAAGCAAGAAGACAAAGAACAGACAGUACUAGAAGUCACUGAGCAGUUAGGCCAUUGCAGAUUAGAUAAUCAGGAGAAAGCUGCUGCUUGUGCACUUCCUUUACAGAAAGUAAAUACUCAGAUUUCUUCAAAUAGUUUUUUGCGAGAAAAUUUAGAGGCUUCAGAAAUUUCUGAAAAUAAAUACCAUAGUUCAGAGAUAACUCUAGUAGGCAUAAGUAAGAAAAGUGCCGAGCAUUUUAAGAGGAAAUUUGCCAAAUCAAACCAAGUUUCUAGGUCAUCUUCUAGUUCAGUGCAGGUGUGUCCUGAAGUUGCAAAGGCAAACUUACUUAAAGUUCUGAAGGAGACUUUGAUUGAGUGGAAGACAGAAGAAACUUUGAGGUUUUUGUAUGGUGAGAAUUAUGCGUCUGUGUGUCUGAAACUGUCUUCAGCCCCUCUGGUUAAAGAAGAAGAGCUUGAUGAAGAUGACAUAAACUCUGACCCAGAUAGUCAUUCCCCUGCCUUGCAGGAAUCUCAGGACAGCUUAGAUGAGUCUUUGCCUUUUAGGUCCUCAGGUACAGCCACUAAACCACUGCCAAGUUAUGAAAACUUGAAAAAAGAAACUGAAACAUUAAACCUAAGGAUCAGGGAGUUUUAUAAAGGACGAUAUGUUUUAAAUGAAGAAACUACCAAAUCACAAGACUCAGAAGAGCAUGAUCCCACCUUUCCACUGAUAGAUUCAAGUUCUCAGAAUCAGAUUAGAAAACGCAUCGUACUUGAAAAAUUGAGUAAAAUAUUGCCUGGACUUUUGGGGCCUCUUCAGAUUACAUUAGGAGAUAUUUACACACAACUUAAAAAUCUUGUCCGAACUUUCAGAUUAACAAAUAGAAAUAUUAUACACAAGCCUGCAGAAUGGACUUUAAUUGCUGUGGUGUUGCUGUCAUUACUGACCCCGAUUCUUGGCGUUCAGAAGCAUUCUCAGGAAAAUGUGGUGUUUACACAGUUUAUAGCCACCCUGCUUGAAGAAUUACAUUUAAAGAAUGAAGACCUUGAAAGUUUGACCUUUAUAUUUAGAACCAGCUGUUAACCAGAGUGAUACAAUCCAUGAAGACUGAAUAGAAAAUGAACUUCUACUCACUAUUUCUGGAAUUCUAGCUCUAAUGAUGGUCUCGUGGUGACUGAUAACUAGCUUUGGUCACAGGAAAACCUUUACCUUCUUACAUUUCAAGCACCUACCUCCCAGUCCCUAAACGUACAGAGUGACUUCCCCAGUUAGAGGAGAACCAUUAUUCCAACAAGGAUAACCAAGUCCUUGCAUCCCUGGCUAUAAAACAUUAUUUAUUUGAAAAUGAAAGUUGAAGUCUUAAAUUGAAAUUUAAAUGACUAUUCAAGAAAAUACAAUGACUUUUUAUUUUUUCUGGAUAAUUCCAGCCGUCACAUCAACUUGACCAAAAAAUUGAGAGAAGUCCUAUUUUGGCCUCAUAGUCUAAACUCUAGAUUCUGAAGAACAGUAAAGAGGUAAAUAAAUGUAGUCUAAGAUGCAGCCCUUUAGAAGUCUAGUCAUCAUUCUUUUAAAAGAAGCUGCCUGUGCUGUAAUGUGGUUAACCUCACAAGUCCAAAACAAGAAUCCUCUGGACUCAAGGAAAUUAAAAAAAAAAAAAAAAAUUGAAUCUGUAGUUUGUUCUUAAGAGACAAUCUCUAGAAUGUAUACUGCUUUUUCAAAAUGUGUGUGAAGCAUGCAAGUUAGCAGGGCAUCCAGGGUAGUUAAAGGGGAUGCCUCAGAUGGACAAUUUGGGCAGCUUUACGGGAGGGCCAAGAAAAAAAUGAUAUCUAUACUCUUGUAAGAAACAACAACUGCUCUAAGCCCAACCUUGGAAAGGGGCCAGAAAGCAGCCUGGUGGAGUGGGGCGCUCAACAAACAGGAAUCUAUAAGCUCUACAAGAUCACAGGCUACUAUAUCAAUAUAUAAUAUCAAUUGUGUUUUUGUAUGCUAACAAUUAAAAACCCCCAAAUGAAAUUAAGAACACAGUUCCAUCCACCAUAGUACCAAAAGAAUUAAGUACUUAAUAAAUUUAACAAUGGAAGUAUAAGACAGACAGUGAAAACUGUAAAACAUUCUGAGAAAUUAAAGAAGGCAUGAAUAAGUACAGGAAUUUUCCAUGUUCAUGAGCGAGAAUAUUUAGUAUUCUUAAGAUGGCAGUCUUCCCCAAAUUGAUCUAUAGAUUGAUGCAAUCUCUGUCAAAACCCCAACAGUUUGUUUGUUUUUUUAAACUGGAAAGCUGAUCCUAAAUUUUCUAGGGAAAAGGAUCCAGAAUAGCCAAAGCAAUUCUGAAAAUGAAGAACACUUCCUGAUUUCAAAACUUACUACAAAGCUACAGUAAUCAAGAUAGUGUGGUACUGAUAUAAAGAUAGACAUAAAGAUCAAUGGAACAGAAUUUGAGAGACCAGGAAUAAGCCAUCAUAUUUAUGGUCAAUUCUUUUUUGACUAAGUUGACAAGGCAUUUCAUGGACAAAGAAUAGUCUUUUCAACAAGUGGUGCUGAGACGUUUGGAUAUCAGAUGCAAAAAAAAAAAAAAAAAAAAAAAAAAAAGAAUUUAGACUCUUAUCUCCUACCAUUUUAGAAGAAAACAGAAAAUCUACAUGGCGUUGGUUUAGAAAAAUUCUUAGAUAAGAUCUGAAAAGCACAAUCUCUAAAGGAAAAUAUUAAUAAGUUGGACUUUCUCAAAAUUUAAAACUUUUGCCCUUCAAAAAAAAGCAUCACUAAGAAAAUAAAUUGACAAA